AUGUUCUUUUUCAGGAAAUUGAGAUGCCCAAGAAACAGUUUGCAUAUGCAUCUUUUUCUUUCCUUUAUCAUGAGAGCGUUAAUGUUUUUUCUGAAAGAUAGUCUUUUUAUCGAAGGUGUUGGAUUUUCUUCAAACAUUGGAUAUUCCGAGGAUAAUUUUUCUCUUUUUCGUCACGAGAAAAAUAAUAUCGAUUGCAAAGUAUUUACUAGUUUCUGGCAAUACUUCUUGAUGGCAAAUUACUGUUGGAUCUUAAUCGAAGGUCUUUACCUUCAUAAUCUUAUUUUCCUGUCGAUGUUUACUGAUACCAGUGGUAUAAGGUAUUAUGUUAUACUAGGAUGGGGUCUUCCGGUAAUUGUGAUCAUACCUUGGAUAAUAGUAAGAGCUACACUUGAGAAUACUCUAAUGAUAAAUAAAUACAGUGAGAAUAUUUUUUAUUUGAAACAGAUGUUGGACGACAAAAAAUGGUUUAAGUCUACUUUGAUUCUUGUUCCGCUUUUUGGUGUGCAUUAUGCAUUAUUAUUAGCGGUAUCUUUAGCUGCUUCUGUCAAUGAAAUCGUUGAAUUAGUUUGGUUAUACAUUGAUCAAUUAUUUUCAGCUUUUCAAGGAUCAUUUGUGGCUCUCCUUUAUUGUUUUCUUAAUGGAGAAGUUCAGGCGGAGAUUAAAAAAUUGUUGCAAACUGAACCCACCCAUUCAAAGUGCUUCAGUCAUGCUUCUAUUCUUACUCAAUCUCUAACAUAUUUGAGUCGUGGGAGGAAUUCUAUUCAAUCUUUACAUUCCGCAACAGAAAAAAAAGAUGGUUAUCAAAGUACAAGUCCAUUGCCCUAUAUUCCAAGACAAGAUGAUCAUGAUAUUACAUCUAUGAGUAUGACUCCAAACAUAACAUGUCCUUUAUCUCAUUCAACAACAGAUGUAGUAAUUACCUUUAAAGAAAAUAGCAUUUUUAAUCAUGGUAACAUAAAAAUUUCAAGUUCAGAUCAUCAGUUAUCAGAAACCAAAGAAUCAUUAUUAUGAAAAAACUAUGUAUUGGAAAACAGUCGCCUCAUUUAUAAAUAUUGGUAAUUAAG